AUGGACUGGCAUCCAGCGCGGUUCUUCGAUUCCCGAACACCUCCAUCCUCUCCGUUCGCUCUGCUCAUUCUCAACCAACCAAUCAACGAAGAUGCCUGCAAGAUCCUCAAGAAGCAUGCAAGCUUUACAAUCUGCGCAGAUGGCGGCGCAAAUCGCUUUUAUGCCCUCAUGCAGAGGUGGGAGAAGGAGUCUGUGGAGCUCCCCGACGCAAUAGUCGGCGACCUAGACUCCAUCAGCCCACACGUCCGCAUGUACUAUGAAAGCCUGCAUGUCCCCGUCAUCCACGAUCCGGACCAAGAGUACACAGACUUCACGAAAUGUAUACGUUAUAUACAAUCCCGUCGUUCUGCUGCUGCUGCUGCUGCUGCCGCUGCCGCUAUCAAGGAUACCCACAACAGCAGUGCAACAUCAUCAGUUCCAGCUCCAGCUCCGAGAACGGAAGAAACCCAUCCAGCGUUCGACGUGCUUAUCCUGGGCGGCCUAGGCGGCCGCGUCGACCAUGCCUUCUCGCAAAUCCACCACCUCUACACCUCUUCAAGACAUACGCCCCCAUCACCAGCAACAUUCACAUAUACCGAUGGCGAACUAUACCUCGUCUCCGAAGAGAGCGUGACGUUCGUCUUACCCCGCGGAGACAACAGGAUCCACAUACCCGGCGGAUCACGCAUGGGGCCGUCGAAGUCGAAGUGCACCACCACCGAAUACUGCACGAGUCACUGA